CCUCAAAGUUUGCUCGCUGAGCUCGGCUCAUCGCACUUGCUGCAACACGUCUUGUCAACCUCGCAGUUUACGCGUGAACCAGGGAGACGGUGAUAGUGAAAGGGGUGGGCGUUGCUGGUUGUAAAGGGGACAGGAUCGAAAUUGAGAAUUGUGCAGAUCCGUGGAUUUAAGCAAAUCCAAUAAAAGUGGACGUUGAAGUUAAAUUGAUGUUGCAAUCGUGAACUCUUCCCUCAACAUGAGGGGCCGUCAAUGAUUCGGGUAUUGAACGAACCUGUUGCGAAAUUCAAUGUCCUUGUUCUAAGUCUUGGGUGAGAGCAAUCAGCGCAAUUACGCACGGCAUCAUUAUGGUUUUAUUUUUGGAUAGACGUGUCCCUGCUUUGUUCCUAGUAUGGGGCUACUGCGUUUUCGCGGACACGGUCUUUUCGAACUUUACCCUGGACAACGAGGUCCACUCGAGUUUCAUCCACCGGCGGCUGAAGAGCCAGGAGCGCCGGGAGAUGCAGCGGGAAAUCCUCUCGAUCCUCGGGCUGCCGCAUCGGCCACGGCCGCAUCUCCACGGGAAGCACAACGCGGCACCGAUGUUCAUGCUGGACCUGUACAAUGCCAUGUCCACGGAGGGGAAAGAGGACGGGUACUCCUACCCAUACAAACCCAUCUUCACCACCCAGGGGCCGCCUAUAGCCACUCUUCAGGACAACAACUUCCUAAACGACGCAGACAUGGUUAUGAGCUUUGUCAAUUUAGUGGAGCACGAUAAGGACUUCCUCCCCAUCCGGCGGCACCACCGAGAGUUCCGUUUCGACCUAUCACGUAUCCCUGAGGGGGAGGCAGUCACCACCGCAGAGUUCCGCAUCUAUAAGGACUUCAUCCACGAACGCUUUGACAAUGAGACCUUCCGCAUCAGUGUCUAUCAGGUGCUGGAGGAACACAAUGACAGGGAGUCAGACCUGUUUCUGUUGGACUCGCGGGUCAUCUGGGCGGCUGAGGAGGGCUGGCUGGUGUUUGACUUGACAGUGACCAGUAACCAAUGGGUCUUGAACCCUGGACACAACCUGGGCCUGCAGCUGGCUCUGGAGAGCACUGACGGUGUGAGUGUGAACCCGCGAGUGGCAGGGCUGAUCGGCCGCAGUGGUCCUCAGAAUAAACAGCCCUUCAUGGUGGCCUUCUUCAAAGCCACCGAGGUGCACCUGCGCAGCAUCCGCUCGGCAACAGGGGGCACCAAACAACGCAACCCCAACCGCUCCAAAGGAGCCAACAAGGGCCAGGAGGCACUCCGAGUGGCCAACAUCGCAGAGAACAGCAGUGCUGAUCAGAAGCAGGCGUGUAAGAAGCAUGAGCUCUACGUCAGCUUCCGAGAUCUGGGGUGGCAGGACUGGAUCAUAGCUCCAGAGGGCUAUGCAGCGUACUACUGUGAAGGAGAGUGUGCCUUCCCUCUCAACUCCUACAUGAACGCCACAAACCAUGCCAUCGUGCAGACACUAGUCCACCUAAUAAACCCAGACACCAUUCCUAAGCCCUGCUGUGCCCCCACCCAGCUCCAUGCCAUCUCAGUGCUCUACUUUGAUGACAGCUCCAAUGUCAUCCUCAAGAAGUAUCGCAAUAUGGUGGUCAGAGCCUGUGGCUGCCAUUAGAAUACAGCCAACCUCUCAACACACACACGCACGCAUGCAUCUAAAUGUCCCUCAACGCAGGUCACUUUCAUCGAGACUCUAGACUUUCUUCCCCAGAUUUACCUGAAUGGACACAUGAAUGGACUACAUUAUCCCAGUCUGCCUUGCUGAGCUUCUGGACGGGAGCUAUAUGAGGACCGGGCAGAAUCAUGCUUAUUGAGUCCAACCUGGAACACACAUACACACACACACACACAUUCUUCCUGUGCUUUCUACUGUGUAUGAGACAUUUUAAGCAGUGAUUGUAUAGUAAUACACAGUCAACAAUCUUUUGUUCAUUUAAAUAUUUUUUAUUGUAGGUCAGUCUAUUUUUCUAGAUGUUAUUGAUCGAUUAUGUUUUUGUAUGGUUUUUAUGACUGAAAGGCUAUAGGAAGUGUGGAUGCUAUAUGGACUCUUCAUUGGACAAUACUGUGUAAAUAGUUUUUCAAACAAAGAGAAGUGUAUUUAUUUCCUGGUCUCGGGAAUGUUAAGGGUAGGUUCAAUGUUUCUCCUGUGUACUCCAGUGUCUACAUGCACAUGUACUGUAUUUUAUGCAGCUCUUUACCUUGGGUCCCACUCAUCAUACAGUACAGCACAAACACGCACAAACACACACCUCUCUCUCUCUCUCUCUCUCUCUCUCUCUCUCUCUCUCUCU